AUAAAGAGAGAGGGCGAAUAUUAAUUCUACCGGACAGAAAGAAAAAGAGAGGGAGCGAACUACUUUUUUGAACAAAAAAUAGUAAAAAAGAAACUAGAGAUAGACAUCGUAACGAUAAGUGUUAUAGUCAAUACGAACAAUGCUGUUUUUAUAGUUAAUUUUUGUAAACAGCAGAGGCAACAUGUCAAGUGUCAAAUUCCUCUGCCUGGUGCUCCUGGCAGUUGCGUGUUCAUCGUGUUGUGCAGAACCAUCUCAUUCACUGUCAACGCCAAUCUUCAAAUUUGAGAACACAUUUGUCGAUUCUUCGUCUGUUACUCACACGCGCCAAAAAAGACGAAUAUUUUUCAUACCGUUCGCCAAACCGUUAAAAGGGAACGGUACAGACAAUGCAACCAGCUCAUGCAAAGCCGACGACAGUGAUGAUUUUCCAUACUUCAUGUCCGAAAAAUCUAUUCUACAUGGUGGUAUAGUACUGGUUAUUUUAAUUGGUAUUUAUGGCUUUUCUUUGUUAGCUGUGGUGUGCAACAACUAUUUCUUACCCUGUGUGGAAACUAUUUGUGAAAAAUUAAACGUUACACCAGAUGUGGCUGCAGCUACAUUUAUGUCCAUCGCUACCUCGACUCCGGAAUUCUUUACAAAUAUAAUAGGUACAUUUGUAACGGAAUCUGAUUUAGGUAUUGGUACUAUUGUUGGUUCUUCCUUAUUCAAUGCUCUUGGAGUGCCUGCCGUUGGAGGUUUAAAUAGCCCAUUCCCUCUUCAAUUGGACUGGUUUCCUUUAACCAGGGACUGCACUAUCUACCUAAUCUCUGUUACAGUCCUCAUUGUUAUAUCAUGGGAUGGAAAAAUCUUCUGGUUCGAAACAUUAAUACCCCUUACAGUUUACGUAACCUACUUCGUUAUUAUGUUCAAUAACAAACGUAUAGCUAAAUUUGUCAAGAGCAAGAUCCAGAGGAAUACAGUUGAGAUUAGUCCAGAAACACCACCAGUCAGAGAAAGCACUAACGGUGAUAUAAGAAAACUUAGUCAAAUUGCUGAAAAAAAGUUAAGUAUUAAGAAACACAGCCACGAUGAAAAUGACGCUCCAAAACACUCAAUCAUGUCAGCGUAUGGUACGUAUUUGGAAGGUGCCGAUAAUCCAGCGUUUGAAACGGAGCAUCAAAGAGUUCUGGAAGCAAUUCAGGAGGAAGAGAAAAAAGAGGCCAAGAAAUCAAUAUUUAGGAUACCAACAGGAAACAUUUUUAAACAGUUUCUGUUUUACUAUACUUGGCCAAUUAAACUGAUUCUGCAGUAUACAGUUCCCAAUCCUCAAACACAUCCCAACUGGUAUCCUGUUACAUUUUUGAUGUGUAUUGUGUGGAUAGGAGUCAAUUCUUAUGUUGUUUCGUGGAUGAUUAGUAUUAUUGGUACAAUUACCAAAUUACCUGAUGCACUGUUGGGUAUGACUUUGAUGGCAAUUGGUGGAUGUUUACCAGAAACAGUUUCAAUGACAAUCAUUGCUCGAAGAGGGGAAGGAGCCUUUGGAGUAUCCAACUCGCUUGGAGCGAACACAAUGAACGUCCUAUACUCACUUGGUCUUCCAUGGUUAUUCAAGAACAUAAUAAUGGGUCUAUCAUCCGAACAUCCUAUAAAAAUCCAAUCUGGUUCCAUCGAAUAUACCAUCAUGUCUCUAAUUUUUGCAGUUUGCACUUUGUAUAUAGUACUCUUAUUUAGUAAGUUUAGGUUAUCAAAAAUUUCAGGCAGCAUUUUGGGAGUAUUCUACGUGAGUCUUGUAGCUCUGGCUAUAGUAUCUCAAACGGUACUAUUUAAACAGGAAUGCUGAUAAAGUUUUGUGAUAAGAAAAGCUCAACUGAUGCGUAGUACAAAAAUAUUUUUCUAAGAAAACAGUGUCAAGAAUGUUGCUUUUAAAAUAUUUUGUAGAGUUAAAUGUGAUACAUUAUGGCUUAAGCAUAGAAGUUAUAGUCUGACCAACUGUCUAAGAGAUUAAUUAUUAAUAUUUAUUCUUAUUUAUUGUUGAUAAGAUAAUUACCAUAUAAGAACGUUAUUUGUUGCCAAUUGGCAAUUUUGUCAUCUCUCCUUUCGAUUUCAUCCGAUAGCUAUAUCCCAUCCUUCAUUACGGCUGAAGGCUGUUUGAUUAUAGGAAAGUUUCGGUAAUAAUUCUUCUUUUUUAAUAGUAUUAUUUUUUUCAUUCGAUUUUAAAUCCCUAUGUUGGACUAGUUAUAUGAGGCAGUUGUGUCUGACUUUAUUUAAUGCCUUAUUGUAGUCUAAAAAGCAGAUGUACAGUGAUUAAUUCAUAUCCAUGAAUCUUUUGAUAAACACAUUUAACGCAAAUAAGGCUUCUCUUGUUCCAAGAGCAUUCAUGAAGUCAAAUUAUUGUCGCUGAUAUCUUGUUCCAGUCUCUUAAACAUUUUGUUUUGAACAAUUUUUGAGAAUAUCUUAAAUGAAUGGGUCAUAAAAUUAAUCGUUUGAUGGUCAGCGCACUGUCAUGCAUUUGGUUUUUUAGGUAAUGUGAUAAAAGUAGACUUUAACCAUUUUUUACUACUAGUUCCUGCGUUCUGUACAGAGUUAAACAAAUCCACUAGUACCUAAUAUUCCUCAUUAAUCAGUGUAAUUAUAUUUGCUGGUAUGUACUGAUGACUCUGUCUGUGUUUCAAUUUGCGUUCAGUAAGUUUUCAUUCCAUCAUCUUCCUAUUGGGAAUCGUCUCUUGUUGCUAAUAUGGUUUUUGUCAUCUCUUUCAGGUCGUGUUUACAUUUAGGUAACCUGCGGCUCUGUUUUAUGCAUUUGAUCUUGCACUUCUGUUUGGAGCUUUCCGCAGCUAGAUAAUGUGAUGUCUGGAUAUUUG